AUGGAACAAGUAGUCAUUGAUGGACUACAGCAUCUUCAAAUCACUAAAGAGGAAGAAGAAGAAAUCUCCAUAUCAAUUGCUAGCAGCUCAAACCUUUUAGAAGAGUACGAGCUAAGUCUGUUUGGCCGGCUUCUAGUUGACAGACAUCAGAAUAUGAGAGCCUUUAAAUCAACUCUUAGAUCAGUCUGGAAGAUAGGCUCGGAUUUAAGGAUCGUUGAUAUGGGAAAAAAUAUCUUUCAGUUCAAGUUUAGCUCAAGUUAUCAACUGGAAUGGGUUGAGAGAAAUGGUCCCUGGAAUUUUGAUAAUAACCUCUUGCUCCUUUGCAGAUGGAGGAAAGAGGAGGUUGGAAAGGAUCUUGGCAGCAAACUGGGCAGAUAUAUUGAAUCGGAUAGGCAUUCUUGGUUGUCGAAACAAGCAAAAUUUCUGCGAAUACGAGUUGACAUCCCUAUUGACAAGCCUCUUCGAAGGGGUGGGAACAUUGUAGAUAUGGAAGGAGAUAAACAUUGGGUCACUUUCAAAUACGAAAGGCUUCCAAAUUUAUGCAUUUUUUGUGGAAUAUUGGGUCAUGAUGAAAAGCACUACACUAGUUCUCAAGGCAAGUCCGAAUGCCAUAGACAAUAUAAGGAUUGGCUCCGUGCAAACAAUGGUUCCAGGGGAGGUCUUGAAAAACAAAAAGCUGCAAGCAGUAAUGGGCAUGAGGAAAGAAUGGAUGAGGACCUUGGUAACCAAUUUUUUCUGAUGAACACUAAUCCGAUGAGCAUGGGACCGGAGAAGAUGGGGCUCUCAUCAGCCUAG